AUGCAUCCCAAUUCGGUGUCGGAGCGGUCAUCUCACACAUUCCCGAACGGAUCAGCCAAAGUCAUUGCCCAUGCCCCCCGCAAGCUUUCAGCCGCGCAGAACUACGGACAGGUGGAAAAGGAACUGUUGACCAUCGUUUUCACCGUAAAGAUGCUUCAUAUAUUCCUAUACGGCAAACGCUGUACUCAGCCCACAGGUCAUAAGCCGUUACCGUCCAUCUUCGGCUCAAACAAGGGAAUCCCAGCACACCCGGCUAAUCGAUUCUAA